AUGGCGGAGUGGGCUUUUGGAGAUAUUGAGAAACCGAUAUUCCGAUACGCAUCGACAUGGAUGCAAGAUGUGGAGGCGGCGCCUCAGGAGAGCACAAAAGAUCCGCUGUCUGGAAGAGUACAUAUCCUCGGCCUCGGAAAUGUAGGCUGUUUCAUUGCACAUUCACUGGCCUCCAAGCAAUCUCCACCGCCAAUAACAUUACUUUUACACAAUUGGGGGGUUUACCAUGCCUUCUGCCGCAGAAAAAAGAGCAUUUCCAUUCAAUACAAUGGAUUGGAUGACGUGAAAUCUGGGUUCGAUGCUGAGGUUUUAUCUGACGGCAUAUGGCAUGAAGUAUUGGCGGGUGAAGGAAAAGAAAAAGAAAAACACCCCGAAAAUCUCCUAGACCAACCUGAAGACAUAUCAACGGACGUAAACAACGAGCACAUCGAGUGCUUAAUUGUUGCUUCCAAGGCCAGUAUCGCGAGAACAGCCAUCAAAGCUGUCAGGCAUCGUUUGACAAAGGACUCAUCUAUCGUCCUUGUGCAAAACGGUAUGGGAGUUGUUGAUCAGCUCAACCAAUUAUUUCCGGAUCCAGAAGAUCGUCCAAACUAUGUUCAGGGAGUUAUCAGUCACGGUCUGACCAGGCUUGAAACAUUUCACAUUGCCCAUCGUGGUGUUGGCACAAUGGUUUUUGCGCCAGUAAUCACAGAAAAAACACCACCGAUUCUGGCUGAGGAAGAUACCCAUUGGGCAUCGACCACAAAAUACAUCUUGCGCCUCUUGACUUUAACUCCAUCUUUGGUUGCUACAGCUGAGACGCCCGCCGCGCUACUCCAAUAUCAACUUGAGAAGCUGGCAGUAAAUUGUCUGAUCAAUCCUCUGACUGCGCUUAAUGAUUGCACAAACGGCGAGUUGCUGUACAUCUAUGAUUUUACCCGAAUCAUGCGACUGCUUCUUUUCGAAAUCUCGACCGUAAUCUAUGCUCUUCCUGAGCUUCAGGGUGUUCCCGGGGUCGAAGAGAGGUUCUCCCCCGAACGACUGCGCAAAUUCGCAGUGAAUGUCGCCUCCAGUACCUCGCAAAAUACCAGCUCGAUGCUUCAAGAUGUGAGAGCAGGAACUGAAACUGAAAUCGAUUUUAUGAAUGGCUGGAUCGUGCGUCGAGGAGAGGAAUUGGGCAUCAAGUGCACUUUGAACUACAUGAUGAGGCUUUUGGUAAAAUCCAAGACAAUCAUCACUGAACGUAGAGGCAGUGCUUCUAUCCCAUUUGACGUUACCGGUUUCCCCUCAGUCAAGGAUUCUGCCGAUCAGAUUACCACCACGCAGAAAGCUGAAUGA